AUGGGCCCGGCGCCAGGCUGCUGGGUGCCGGGGCACCCGCGGGAGGCGGAGGUGGGGCGAGGCGUGGCGCCGCGCCGCGUGCUCGCCCGGCCCCGCAUGGACACGGGCAAUGGGGAUCUAGGUCCCGUGGGGAGCGGACCCACGCCCGGUUCCAGCGGCAGCGCGUGGCCGAGGAGGGAGGGCAAACUGGCAGCCCCUGGCAACCUGGGGCUGGCGGCAGGAGGCUGGGCGCACCGCGGGUUCCCCCCCGCCGGCAGGAUGGUGAACCUGGAGGCCGUGCACGCAGGGGUUCCAGAGCACUGCGUGACAGGUGAGCGUGGCCCCGGGUGUGGUGGCAGUCAUCACUUCAAGGAGAUCAAGAUGAGCGGUGAUGUGGCAGACUCCACAGACACUCGGCAUGAACCCGACCAGGUGGAGCCAGGAAGUGARCAGAAUGGGCUGGAAUUUAACAGGCAGAUUAAAACUGAAGACCUCAGCGACACCUUGCAACCUGCAAUCCCCCCCAGGUCAGGUCAUCUUGUACAGGGAUCUUCAAUGAUGCCGGGAAGCCAAAUAGCAGGGGAUAUGAGCUCUCUUCAUACUCUGCAGCAGCUUGUAUUGCUUCCAGGUCACAUGCAGUCAGUCCCCCAGUUUCUUCUUUCUCAGUCCCAGGCAGGUCAACAAGCUUUGCAGCCAAAUCUCCUUUCAUUCCCUCAGCAACAGGGCAGCCUUCUCCUCUCUCAGCCAGGACCCAGCUUAGCAUCACAGGCUAUGGGCCGUUCAGGACUCCCUGGCUCAUCAGUCGAACCCCACCUGGAUGUACCCCAGCAUUUGCAAGUGGCAAAGCACCUAACUCCUUCAGGCGCAUCAGAAGAACCCAGUGACCUGGAGGAGCUGGAAAAAUUUGCUAAGACAUUCAAACAGAGGCGAAUCAAAUUAGGGUUUACACAGGGUGACGUCGGGCUUGCCAUGGGGAAGCUGUAUGGCAACGAUUUCAGCCAGACCACCAUCUCCCGCUUCGAGGCCCUCAACCUGAGCUUUAAGAAUAUGUGCAAGCUCAAACCACUGCUGGAGAAGUGGCUGAGUGAUGCAGAAUCUGCCCCUCUGGAUUCUUCCAUGAGCACUCCAAAUUCCUACCCCUCUGUUAAUGAGAUGUUUGGACGGAAAAGAAAGAAACGAACCAGCAUUGAGACCAACAUUCGUUCCACACUGGAGAAAAGAUUUCAAGAUAACCCCAAGCCCAGCUCAGAGGAGAUCUCCUUAAUAGCAGAGCAGCUCUCCAUGGAAAAGGAGGUGGUUCGGGUCUGGUUCUGCAAUCGGCGCCAGAAGGAAAAACGGAUCAGCUGCCCAAUGCCAUCUCCCAUUAAAUCACCCAUCUACAAUUCCAGACUGGUCUCUACCUCAGGGUCCUUGGGGCCCCUCUCCGUCAAUCCAGUGCAUAGCACCAUGCCUGGGACUGUGACAUCCUCAUGUUCCCCUGGGAACUCCAGCAGGCCCUCGUCCCCUGGCAGUGCGCUCCAUGCCAGCAGCCCCAGCGCAGCACAAAGCAACUCCAAAGCUGCAAUGAACUCAUCCGGUUUCAACUCUUCAGGAUCUUGGUACCGAUGGAAUCAACCUACCUACCUCCACUGAGAUGACUUCUCCAUCAUGUGUAAAAGGAGCUCUGACUUCUAGCUAUGGACCAGCUUCUAUAGGAACAAUGCUUGGGGCAACAUCUGGCGUUCCAGUGCCUUCAAAAUGCAGCCAAAUGAAGGUCUUAUUUAGGGGAACCCAGAGCAGCAGACCUCUCCAGGGACUCAAAUUGCAACUGACCUUCCCCAAGGAUUCUCAAUACCAACAGUGACAUUUUAAUAAUCUUCCAGGCAUCCACUUCAAGAAUGAUCCCUUGCUUAGCAAUAUUAGCAUGAAACACUGCCCUCUGCUUGCAAAUCUCUGCAUUCACACUGGAUUGCUUGGCAAUCUCUAAUCUGGAAGGAUUUCUAUGUCAUGACCAUAUUUCCCCUCACUCAUUUCAGAGCUUCCCAUAAGAAGGGUCUGUCAUGAUGUUACUAUCACGCACACAUACUAUAAAUCCCCAAACUGAGCCGAGGUUACCCAAUUCAUUUCACCAGAGACCUGCGUCUAGAUGUGAACCUUGGUAUUCAAUAGAAUUCCAAGGUCAAUGGCACUGUGCUUUAUCCACCAUCAAACCUGCUUUGCUUUAUGUCCUUCUGCCCUGUUUCUAAAGGUUUUGUUGCCCUGUUUCUAAAGGUUUUGUUGCCCUGUUUCUAAAGGUUUUGUUGU